GUCGUUUGCAUCCGCCGCAGUGUAGCUGCCUGAUCCUGAGAGCCUACGACCGGUCCUCCGAUCGAUCCCCCGAGCCAUCUCAGUUCUUUUUCCGGACGAGUAUGGACGCGCACGCAGCGUCAGCGAUGGUCAGAUCGCUAGGUGAUCAUAUUUGCAGCAGAGAACCGAACACUAGAAAGAGAGGAAGAGAGAGAGCAAAAGAGAGGGAUAGACAUAGAAAGAAGUUGAGUACUUCACCUGUACGCCGCCUCCUCUAGUGGCACCUGCGUUAAAUCAUCUCCUUCCUCGGUCCAUCCGACUCUCUCUCUCUCUCUCUCACACACACACACACRCACACACGCACACACUCACACACACACGAGCGCGCACACACGCACACACAGACAUAGACGCACACAUACACAGAUAAACACACACAGACACACACACAAGCAUACACAUAUGCGCUGUCAGCAUUUACACUCUUGAGCUUUACGUCUGGGCUUUGUGGUUUCUCCGCAAUCGCGCUCGGGCGCACGAGAGAGCGCAAACCUGUCGCUCUCUGCGGCCGGGAAUCGGCCAACGAUUGACUAGACCAUCGGCUGGGAUAACAUGUGUGUUGAAACUGAUCAAAGGAAUACCAUUUCUUUCGAGCGAGCGAUUAAUGAAAGCGGUGAUUCAUUGAUUGAUUGGUUGGUUGAUUGAUUGAUUGAUUGAUUGAUUCAUUCAUUCAUUCAUUCAUUGAAUUGAUCUACUGAUCGGUUAAUAGAUUGAUUGGCACCCUCAACCGUCAUUUUCUCUCGGCAAUUAGGGGAUUCGUCCUUGCGCGGGAGUCUUCCUCUUCCUCUUCCAACGUGAACCGACAGGAGCGGAAUCCAUUGACAGGAGCGAUGCUGCGCUCCCGAUGGUUUCCUUGUUCGAUUCAUUGAUUGAUUGAUUGAUUGAUUGAUUGAUUGAGGGAUUGAUUCGCGUCUAGAACCAGUUUUUCUCUUCCCGCUAGUUUACUUCAUCUGAUUGAUUGAUUCACCGAUUGUCUGUCUACUUGUGACCAGUUGCUUGAGUUCAAAAACGUAACUGGCUUGAUUUCCGCCGUUUUCCCAUUGCGUUCCCGCUCUUUGCCGUCUCCUUUCCCGCUCUUCUACCCCCGCACCGUUCCCGCUCUUUCCACCGCUCUGUUCCUGGGGACUAGCAAUUACUCGUCUUGAAUCGUACGGACAAUUGUCUAUGUUGCGACUGACGAAUCGACGGGUCUUCUUCUUCCCGACAAUCAUUAAUUAGUGUCGAUAUACAUAUCUAUAUUUAUGGUUAUUUAUGUGGCUUGGUAUCAUUGACAGAUGGGUGCUAAGCAACUCUCCGCUCUCCGCUCCUCUGGUUCUCCAUGCCAUCAACCAAUUAAGAAUUGAUUACCGACUGAUUAGUAUCUGAUUCUUGAUCGACGAUUAGCAAGAAUUAAUUGCCGACUGAUUAGUAUGCUGACAGAGUAUGUGUGAUUGGUAGUUAAUUACAGACUGAGAAGUAUCUAAUACUCCCAUCCAUAAAAGUCACCGGGGUCAUAAAAGUCAGCUUCUGGAUGAUUCGGAGAUGAGCCUCAUAACGGCAGCGGGCGAACUGAUACCGAACGUGCAGCAGUCGUGGAUCAGAGUGAUUAGCUCACGCGAUCAGAGUGACCCGUUCUUGCAUUAGUGACUCAUACUUCUUGCGACAUGGACUCAUACAUCACACACCACAACACACACACACACACACACAGACACACACACACACACACACACACACACACACACACACACACAGAGUCUGAGAGAGAGAGAGAGAGAGAGAGAGAGAGAGAGAGAGAGAGAGAGAGAGAGAGAGAGAGAGAGAGAGUCUGAGAGAAUGACUCGGAGAGCGGCGGAAGAGGCGGAAAAGCUUCGUCAGAGGGCGAAUGAGAUGCUCCGCCAGGAUCCGCGCAACGCGCUGCGGUACGCGGAGGAAGCCAACGUAAAGAAUUACACCCCCGAUGGAGACAAGCUGAUCACCAUCAUCAGGAUUCAUAUUGCCGCUGCUGUUCGUAUGCCCGGCUCCCCCGAUGGUCGGGAUUGGUACGGCAUUCUUCAGGUCAAUCCCACUGAUUCCCACGACACGAUGCGCACCAAGUACCGCGCUCUGUGCCUGCACACGCAUCCCGACAAGGCCAAGAAUUUUGAUGGGUGUGAAAACGCUUUCAGACUGCUGAAGCUUGCGUGGGAAGUGCUCGGGGAUGCCAACAAGCGAAGAGCAUACGAUCAAUCACUGGCGCAGAGAAGAGCUCCAGGUGGACUCGCAGGGGGAGGAGGGGGAGCAAGGGGAGGAGGAGGAGGAGGAGGAGGUGUUGGUGGUGUGAACUACGGCCAUUACUCCUCAUCGUCCACGGUUCCUCCCUCGAGGUCGGGAUCGGGAUCGACGCCAUCGUCGUCUUCGUCGGCGACGGUAUCGCGGCCUGCCAUUCAGGAGCCGUUCACCGUCGCGGUUACAUGCCCGUUCUGCAAACACGCCUGCCGGAGGAAGUACUCGGUCAUGAUGGGCAGACAGGUUCUCAGUGAUGAACUCAUCUUCUGCGCGAAGUGCCAACGAAACUUCUAUCCUUAAGAGAUUCAAAAUUCAACGAGUUGGCGCAGCAGCAGCAGCAGCAGGAGGAGGAGGAGGAGGAGGAGGAGGAGGAGGAGUAGGAGUUCAGCGCGCCGGAAGAAGGAAGGAGGACAACCUGAAACGUCGUCGUCGCUUACAUGUCUGAUCGACCCUCCUUCAUGUCCUGACGUGUAAAAUAUACAUUGAUUAUGGUGGACAUAUGAUUGAACGUGGGUUGGAUAGGAUGCUACUGCUGGGACGACACACUCACCCUCUCUCUCCUCUCUCUCUCUCUCUCUCUCUCUCUCUCUCUCUCUCUCUAAAACCUUUGAUUGCCAAGGAUAGGAGGGCCGGCAGAGUUGAAGGUUGUGAGUCGGAGUGAGAGUGAGGGAGCGAGAGGGUGAGGUUGGUCGAAUUGCGCUUUCGAAUACGGAGAGAGCAAGCAAUACGGAAAGGCGGUCGGAACAGGAGAGAGAGAGAGAGAGAGAGAGAGAGAGAGAGAGAGAGAGAGAGAGAGAGAGUUUUGAAGUAGUGGUAUGGGAUCGAUAGGGAUGUCGAUGAACCAUCGGUGGGUGUGAGCGCGCACGUGUAUGUAUGUGCUUCUCCGCGAAUCUGGGGGCAGAGAGAGAGAAAAGCGAAGAAGGUGGGCCUUAAGCGAAGAAGGACGCCGCUCCGUUGAUUUGCGCGCCGUUGAUCUUCUGCUGACGUCUAAAUGCAUCGGACAGACUUCUUGCGGGCGGGUGGGCGUUUCUACUCGAACGAAACAAAGUAGAAACGCCCAAUCGAUGUAAGAUACGGAGGUUUAUAGUGAAUGGAGGAGCACAGAGAAGAGGAGAAGAGAAGGAGAGGAGAAGGGAGGGAGAUUGUAGCGAAAGCUGGGUUGUGUGAGGUUGAAUAAAGAACGGAGGGGAAUAGAAGAGAACAGCUCUGCGCAUUUCCGCCGCAGAUCAUCGGAGGGGUUUCGAAGGUGCAAAAAGAGUUACGUGACUAGAUUCUUUGUUCAUUAGAGGGCUUAUCCAUUUAUUUAUUCUUUUGUCCACACACACACACACACACACACACACACACACACACACACACACACACACACACACACACACACACACACACACAUAGAGAGAGAGAAAGAGAGAGAGAGAGUUGGGGCGGGAGGGAGGGGAGGGGGCAGGGCGGUGUUUGUUCUGCACGUCUGAUGACGAGAGCGCCACUGACUUUCGUCUUGCGUGCGCCCGAUAGCGACCGGACCGAGCGACGGACGAACCCACCGACCGGUCGAGCGGCAUACACGCGGGCCAAUGACCGGCAGCGGAAUGCACUUGACGAGCCAGCAGCUUUUGUCUUUCGUUGUCUAUCUAUCUAUCUAUCUUAGUAUUUCAAGUCACACAGGUAUAGCCAGCUACUUAAGAGGAAGCCGGAGAGAAGCAAGAGAGAGAGAAGGCAGAGACCAGAUUGAGAAGACACAGAGAAGACACAGAGACGAUAGACCGGAGAGAGAGAACCACUUACCCUCCUGAUCACACAACCGUGCACACAGAGAGAGAGAGAGAGAGAGAGAGAGAGAGAGAUGUCUUUCUUAAUUACCGAAAGCCUCGUUCGAUCUGUGUGUUUAGCCGUCGAACGUUGCGCCCUCAGUUGUUGAGCCAUUCCAUUCUCCCGUCUUCCUGACGCAGCUUCCGGUCCGACAGCUGCGGCAGUGGUGCUUAACGACAGUUUAUGUUUGUAUACUUAUCUAUCUAUCUAUCUAUCUAUCUAUCUAUAAGAUAGAUAGAUAGGUAGAUAGAUACUGUACGGCAGGGGAGGUCAAGAUAACGUUGUUUAACGGAGGGAGUGAAUGGAUGGCAUAACGCACGACGGACGACUACUUGGCUGUAGGGGAAAGGUGGAAGCUGGGGGGGGAGGUCUCUCUCCUCUCGACAUAGCCGACCUACCUUUAUCCUCUUCCAUUUUCGAUUUCCACAGUCGUCACUGGAAGCAGAGAGACACGUCCGCUCAGACCAGGUCUGGCCUAUUAUAUCGGGCCCUUUUGCUUCUCACAGACACAGAGAGAGAGAGAGAGAGAGAGAGAGAGAGAGAGAGAGAGAGAGAGAGAGAGAGAGAGAGGAAGCAUGGUUGGUGUCUUCAGCCUGGGGAGUGCAAAAAAAGAAACACGGGAGGGGAGGAGAGUGGAGACGAGGGGAAGUAUAUAUGUCUGAUCUCAGUUCUCUCGUUUAAUCGGAAUGAUCAGCGUCAUGAUCUGCUAUCUUCAUCGAAUCUUCCUUUAUCCGUUGGUUAUCCGUUUUUGAUCUGGUAUCUUCAUUGAAUCUUCCCUGAAAUUCGAUUUUUUCCGAUCGGCGUGUCGGGGUCUGGACGACUCCGAUCCGCGAUCGCAGCCGUCCGAUCGACGGCCUGGAGGACUCCGAGAUUCACGAACCAUCUUCAAUCGCGGAUCGGGGCUGACGGUCGGGAUCUCGGAUUUGGAGGUCGAGGGCCAGACGACCUGUGCGUAUAUAUAUAUAGAGAGAGGGCCCCGAGCCCCACAGAUAGCCGUUCGAUUUAAGAUUUUUCGGUGUUCUGGUCUCUAUCUGUGAAUUCUUUAAUGGAGGAUGGGUUAUAUCUCUGUACAGUAAAGCGAGGAGAAGACGGGAGAGAAUGAGCGGGAUCCCUUUCGGAAGGGAGCAUGAUCGGGAUCCCUUUCAGAAGAUGAGCCCUUUAUGAACAGCGACGGAAACAGGCAACCUUCGUCUAGGAGAUCUUCGUCACCGCCAAAGGCCCUUUGAGAAGAUGACCUCUUCAGAAGAGGACCAGCAGCAGCAGCAGCAGAAAGGGAGGAGGAGGAGGGGGAGGAGGGGGAGGAGAAGGCUGAAGCUGCUGCUGCAGUCUGAGUCUAGGCUUAAUCUACAGUCGUGCGUCAGAGACAUGAUGAUGAUGACAAGAAAUGAUAAUGGAUGUUGAAGACGACGAAGAUUCGAAUGAUGACGACAACGAAAAUCACAAUGCGGGUGAGUCCGUGAGGUUCAAAGUGCGACAACGAAAUCGGCGUCUGCUGUAAGUGUGGGUGCGAGUGUCACACACACACACAGAGAGAGAGAGAGAGAGAGAGAGAGAGAGAGAAGGGGGACAUGUUCGGGAUUCCUUGGCUCGGGGGAGGUGUGAUGACGUCAUCACAGCCGGUGCGAUUAUGUACAGAAGGUUCAGAUAGGUUCAUUUUUAAGGGUCCUGUUUUUUUUUUUUUUUCCCUUUUUUUCAAUGAUUUUGCUCCGUCUUUUGUCAAUUUAGUGCGGAAACUUUAUUGGGGAUUCAUUCCGUCAAACGUUGUUACCCAGUAGCAAUGGGGAAAGAGGAUCGUAAGCCGCGGGGACAGAAAACGCAGUUAAAGGAAAAACCGAGUCAGGCACGAUGUGGUGCCAGUGUUUGUUGGAGAGAGAGAGAGAGAGAGAGAGAGAGAGAGAGAAGUGUAACCGGAGUGGGGACGUGGUGAUUCAUCCUCUGGAUGAAUUUUGCGGGGGAGGAGGAUGAAUGUCGCGCGGGACGAGUUGCGUGGGACAGACUGCGGUCACCAUCACGGGGUGCCUCUCAAGUCUCGACAGUUUUGCCCUUUUACCUUAGCUUCGUAUUCGUGAAUCGGUCUUGUUGUCAGCUGAGUAACUAGAACACGU